AUGUUCCAAACCCAGAUGCACUACUUGGCCCGUAGCGAGAUUUUCAAGACCGAGAAAGCAUUUCAAACGGACUACUCUGUCGACCAUGUCCCCGGGGCAAGAGGAUCGAACCACGAGAACGACAUCAAGGAGGUCACAGUGACCGGAAUUACAGACCCAAGCCAGUGGGACCUGAACAAGCACGGCUUCUGUAUCAUAGAAGCGGAGACAAGCCUUCGUUCCAAGGAUGCAUUCUCUCGUAAAGGCGCGUUCGAUGGGACAGAUGCCCGCGAAGAGGCAGAGAAGAAGUAUUGGUACGAGAUCGAAGCCAUCUUGCACGAGAGGUUUCCAGAAUAUUCUCGAAUCGAAAAUUACGAUUGCACUAUCCGCAAGAGAGACCCAGAGUUUCCCGGGAAAGUUCGUACGUAUGACCCAGAAUACGAACAGCCAGCGAGAAGACCGCAUAGCGACGGCUCGGUGCGUGGCGCAUACAUGCAACUCGAGUUCUCCUUUCCAGGCCAACAAGACUUCUGGAAAGAUAAAGAUUUCGAUAUACUCAAGUAA